GCUGGACCCAGAUCCCAUAGGCUUUGUCUCCCAGAUUCUUCAGCUUUUGGCCCUUGUUGUAGACUCCUCUCUUCUACCUGCUGGGCUCCUGUUUGUCACUGCCUGUCUGGCUGCGCUGAGCGAUGAAGAUCCCUCUGUGGUACAUGGUGGUGGUGCUGGCAUGUCUCUUCGCCCCUGGACGCAGUGACUGCCAGGGGGAGUGUGUGGCCUGCGGUCUGCUCCUGCAGCAGCAGCUCCAGCAAGCCUUCAAUACCAUGGUGUGUUUGUUAGAGUGUGAGGGCCACGUCUCCUCUUCGCUCACAUGGGAGGUGUGUAAACGCGCCGUGAAGCUUUCGCACCAUCCUACUCUUUCUGAGGGAGGCGCUCUGUUCAAGAGAACAGGAGAGGAGCUGGAGCUGACCUCUCUUGACCUGAACUCAGACAGUGAACUGCUGCAGUCUGCAGCCGCAGAGCGCUUCCAGGAGGGGGAUCAGGAUGAGACACCCUUCGAGCAGCGCAGUGUCCAGUAUGACUCAUCACUGCUGGAAUCGUCUGAGGAGGGGGAGGGCCUGCGGGGUCUGGAUCUCAGUCUGGCGGACGAAGGGAGGAAGCUGAGGGAGGAGAGGAAUGUGGAGAGUGACAGCGAGCUAGAAGGGGACGACGAGGACGACACCUCAGAGGCCAUCACCUUAUCCAAACGCUUUGGUGGCUUUCAGAGGGGGCGCCAUGGAUACAGGAAGCUGAUUGGCUCACCCAUGAGGCCCCUACAAAAGCGCUACGGUGGGUUCAUAGGUGUCCGGAAAUCUGCCCGAAAAUGGAACAGUCAGAAACGGGUGAACCAGCUGCUCAGGCAGUACCUGGGCAUGAGGAGCAGCCGCAGCGGCAGGUUCAACAACAUCCCCGUAACUCGGGUCUGGAGGCAAAACAAACUGUAAUGUCUUUCUGUUCCUCUCACAGAAUCCCGCCCCCAGUUACCUCAACCAAUCAUGUUUUCAGCAGCUCACUCCAAUUUGACAUCACCAUUGUCAUCAGAAGAACAGACUCCGCCCUUUCGCUGCACCUCUCUUUGUGUCUCUAAGUAACAAGGAAUGUUUUGACCGUGAUGUCCUUCUUAUUAAGCAUAUUUACAUGCCAUUCUGUGAAAUAAAAUAAUUAGAGAAGUGCAAUUGAAUAUAUUUUUGUGUGUUGGUAUAAUAAAAGGGGCCAAAUGAGAUUGGUAAACUGGUUCACUGUGAGGUGAGACCUGAGGGUGUGACUUUCAUGCAUGUGUGGAUGGCUUCAGCAGUUUUGCACUCUGUAGUUUGUGUUAUGAGAACUGUUACUAAUGCCCAGCUCUCAUGAAAUGGACAUGCAUGUUUUUACAUAGGUUUCCCCUUUUAAAAUGGCAUUUUGUCGAUUUGGGACUAAACAAAUCAUACACAGAUGUUUGCCUUCAACUGUGCCGUAAUUGCUAAUCUUCCCACGUCAGAGCAGAAACAUGUAGUAGAAUCAAAUUGGAAGUGGACCGGCACUGUGCUUUCAAGAUGGUCCAGUCAGAUGUAAACAUCGGACAGUGGGAGUGCUG